GGGGAAGUCCUCAAGUUUAGUGUCUCGUCCACACGUACAAAUGUUCUGUGAAAUCCCUUUGCAGAAGUUCUUUACGUCAUAUGCCUUGCUGAAGAGUCAAUACAAUGAGAGGGACAAGCAAAAGAGGAAGCUAAAAUCUUGUUGGGACCUGUGAGUGAGCAUUACAGCAACAAACGAGUCAUGUGACGGGGAGGAGGGAAGUUCAGCAGUGGAUGAUUUUUGGAGAGCUCUUUGAAAAGCGAGCUGCCUCCUCUUUCUUCUUCUUACGACUUGGGCGAACACAAACACAUCAAAGCCGCCGAGUCUCAGAAACAGUUUGGUUCGAUUUUUCUCGAAGGUGCAUGGAAUAAGGGACUACAUUGAAAGCUUUCGGAUGAUGACACUUUGGAACUGAAUGAUGACAUCUGUGAAAGCACCAGGGAUAGCUAUGAGCAACAAGACACUUGCUCUCGCUCUUGUGCUUCUUUCUACCAUCAGCUAUGUGUCAGGAAUGGGUGUCCCUCAGAUUGACGCACUGUCUGUGAACAUUCUGGAUGGCGAGGUGGUUGUCCAUUGGAAUCAACCCCGAAACACCACAUCUGACAUCCGGUACAAUGUGCAAAUGGCAAAGCUCACCGGUGAAUGGGUGAUGGUGCGCAGCUGCACAGGGAUUACAAAUACCUUCUGCGACCUUAGCACACUCAUACAUGACUAUGUAGGUGGCUAUAAGGUCAGGGUUCAGACGGUAGCCAGAAACAACACGUCACUGUGGACGGUGAAGAAAUUCCUCCCAAAUGCAAGCAACCUGCAAGCUCCUUCCUUCACGUUAUAUGCUACCUCCAGCACGAUAAAAGUCCAUGUUCAUCAAAAACCUAUCCUCAAAAAGCUCUUUCCCUAUGGGGUUACUUACAUCAUCCACCUGGAGGAAAAAAACAGAAACGAUGAAGUGAAAGAGACAAUAGCAUACCUGACAGAUGCUGUGGAUCAGGGGUCUAAAACUUUCAAAUCUCUCCGGUGGGGAGUCGAAUACUGCGUCAGUAUCAUGGUGGAGGGAAAUGGUGCUUUAUCCAGGAGCAAUUUAUCCCCAAAGCAAUGUCUACUGCUUCCAGAGCGAGAAUGGUUCAUAAUUUCGGUGUCAUCCCUGACGGUUGUGGGCGUGUUGGCUGUGGUCACCAUUUUGGCAAUCGGUCUGCUUUGUCACCUGAAACGUCCAGCGAAAAUGCCUGCUGGAUUGAAAUCCCCUGUGCAUGGCUGGCAUCCCCUCAUUUUCACAGAAGGGCCAAUGGAAAUGGUCACAGACAAAGGUUGGUUCCUCUCCAGUAGCAGAAAGGAAACGAAAAGCUCUGAAGAAAUCCCUCAAAACAAGGCUGCGCUUGGCAUUUUGAAAAAUCACGACGACAGGACGAGCCUGGACAGCGGUGUUAGCAUGGGGUGCAACGCUACAGAAAAACAAGAAAGAAGCCAACACCGCAGACAAGAGGAUAGCGGUUGUGGGAGCAUGGGAGGGACGGUGUAUCCCCAUCGGGAUGACACAGUUCAGAUGAAGUGGAAGGACAGCGGAGCGGGACUCGGCUGCCGAUUGGAAUCCACUACCGUGAUCGCAAUGGGACAGGAGAGUGGAUCCCUCAAAGAGUUUGACAGUUAUCGCAGGCAAAGCCCUGCACUGCAGAGUCAUCACGACGAGGUGUCGAAACAGAUCCUUCCGAGUCCACUUUUGGCUGUCGUGGUCUCGGGCUAUCGUGCGGGACCUCAGUCAUGUAUCUGCUCCGGUGCAGCUCAGUGCUCCUGGUGCCUGAAACGCAUCGUCCACGAGGCUACAGCGAUUCCAAAGCACAUAAGCCACCCGAGCAUAGAAGAUUUUUCAAAAAGGACGCAGGCAGAAACAACAGAUGGUUUCCCUUUGUUAACAGCCCUGACACAAGGGAUGGACCUUAACAUGAAAACUGUGGCCAUUUCGCUUUGUGACUUGCAGCUGGAUACUGACUGAUUCACUAUCGGGACACCUUUCAAAAUAUACUGACAAAAAUAGAUGCUGCUUUGGAAUAAUACUCCCUUUCCCCUCUGAGUAAGUUGUGGGCGAGGGAUGGAGGAUGAUGAAGGGGGAAAAAAAAUGUGUGAAGGAAAUACAAGCAAAAACAUGCUUAUAGGAAGGAAAUGUAAAAGUUAAGGCGCUUUUCAACAGAAUGUCUCGCAUCUGCCGAAAGGGAAGUGGGCCGGAAGUGAAAGCAUUGUGGAAAUUUACGCAGAUAACAUGUGUGACGGUUUGUUUCUUGGGUCUUACCUCAACUCUCACAGGCAGAAACUGCAAGAAGUGUUUUGACAUUGCAUUUUGCUCAAGAUCAAUUGACGUGUCAGGGCCACACAUGAUGGCAGAAACAUUUCCCUUCUUCCAAAGUAUACUUAACCCUUACGUACAGUUUGGGGUCACAUUUGACCACUUUUAACAUUUGACCGCAAUAAACAUACCCUAAGUGUCAUUCUUUCACUCUGAAAUUCGUUUUUUUUUCUAAACUGACCCGAUAAAAAUGAAACUGUUUCAAAAUUCUAUUCCCUGCUAAAAAUGUUUAGAUACGCUGAGUGUUUUAAAUGGAAGCCAUGUGAAAUGAAAAGGCCUAGAUGUGUUGUAUUCAAGGACAGGGAACGUGAAACACAAACUUGCAAUCCCACUCGCAAAUCCUCCACGGGGAAACAGAGAAGUACUUUUGAGUGUCACUUGAGGAACUGAAUUUGGACCCAGAAGUUGACAGGAGACGAAAGUGGCGAAGUUGCUGGGCUGGACGCGGCAGUGCAUAAAAGGCUUAACGUUCUAAGAACGAGUAACUCAAGUUUAUAUAGAGACAAAUAAGCCCAACCCGGUGUGACCAAAGAAACAAACAACGUCAAGGACACAAAGAGCCAAACUCUGUCACAUCUAUCUG